CCGCCCUCCCUCCGCCAUGGCAGAGUUGGGCCUCAAUGAGCACCAUCAGAAUGAAAUUGUUAACUAUAUGCGUUUUGCUCGUUCAAAAAGAGGCUUGAGACUCAAAACGGUGGACUCCUGCUUCCAGGACCUCAAGGAGAGCAGGCUCGUGGAGGAGACCUUCACCAUAGACGAGGUCUCGGAGGUCCUGAGCGGGCUGCGGGCCGUGGUGCACAGCGAGGUGGAGUCCGAGCUCAUCCACACGGCCCACACCAACGUGCUGCUCCUGCGGCAGCUCUUCUCACAAGCAGAGAAGUGGUUCCUCAAACUGCAGACCGACAUCUCUGAACUGGAAAACAGAGAAUUAUUAGAACAAGUUGCAGAAUUUGAAAAGGCAGAAUUCAUAUCUUCAAAUAAAAAGCCCAUCAUUGAUAUGAUAAAGCCGAAACUCGCCCCACUCAAUGAAAGCGGAACCGCAGAACUCCUAAACAAGGAAAUUUCAAGACUUCAAGAAGAAAAUGAGAAAUUGAAGUCAAGACUGAAGACCGUGGAGACACAGGCCACAAACGCAUUGGAUGAGAAGUCAAGACUAGAACGACAAGUGCGGGAUUUACAGCUCGAUCAGGGAAGUCAGAAGGAUCUCGUCCAGACUCCAGACGUGAACAACUUGGAGAACACAGUCGCUGCUCUGAAGAGUGAGUUUCAGAAGACCCUUAACGACAAGACAGAAAGCCAGAAGUCCCUGGAGGAAAAUCUGGUGGCAACCAAGCACCACCUCCUUAGGCUUCAGGAGCAGCUGAGCCUGGCUGAAAAGCACUGGCACUGUUUGUGGUUUCAGAGGAGAUCGCGCUUAUUUGACCUGAAAAGAAUUAGAGAAGAAAUUCCAACAGACAGCCGCUUACCGGAACAUGAAGGAGAUUCUCACCAAAAAGAAUGACCAGAUCAAAGACCUGAGGAGAAGACUGGCCAAAUACGAGCCUGAAGAUUGAAAACGAGAAGAUCUCUUCUGGAAGUCGCCGCGGGAAAAUACACCCACUUCCUGCCGCGGACGUGGGUUUGCAGCAGUUCACCACGUUCUCUCUCUCUUCCUUUUCCAUUGUGUAGACUUUGCUCCUAACAUUCAGAACUAUUACCUGAGGAGAGAGGAGACCUAGCUUAUGGCGGCCCUGGGCCCUGUGUCCACACUCCUCUCUGCUAAGUGCUCCGGAGUCUUUAUACAGUGAGAAUUCUAAAACGGGUUUUUAGAGUGAGAAGCGUCUUCUCUUUUGUGCUCGUGGAAGGCACACACCUUCAUAAUAAAUGCUAACGGCUA